AUGGAGAAUCACAAAGUGGUAGAAUCUAUGCAUAUCAAAGAGGAUGUAGAUAAUACCGUGGCAGUGCAGGAAGAGGAGGAUCAGGGAGAUGUGGGGUCGAGAAUAACGAUGGAGAGGGUUGCUGCAGCUAAGAAAUUCAUUGAGGAUCAUUACAGGUCUCAGAUGAAGCACAUCCAAGAACGCAAGGAGAGGCGUUUAGAGCUCCAACAGAAGUUAGCAUCCUCUCAUGUACCAAAAGAGGAACAGAUCAAUCAAUUGAAGGAUUUAGAGAGCAAGGAAACUGAAUUUAUGCGGCUAAAAAGACAUAAAAUAUGUGUUGAUGAUUUUGAGCUUCUAACCAUUAUUGGCAGGGGAGCCUUUGGGGAGGUUGAGCAUGUUAGAGCUGAAAGGAAUGUACUUGCAGAAGUUGCCAGUGACUGCAUCGUGAAACUCUAUUACUCUUUUCAAGAUGAUGAACACUUAUAUCUCAUAAUGGAGUACUUGCCUGGUGGUGAUAUAAUGACUUUGUUGAUGAGGGAAGAAACUUUGACUGAAACUGUGGCUAGAUUUUACAUUGCCCAAAGUGUUUUGGCCAUAGAAUCUAUUCAUAAACACAACUACAUUCACCGGUUGGCAUAUUUACAUCUUAAUUAUAAUCUCGGUGUUAUAAAUCCUAAUUUUCCAUCUUACACUUUUUCAUGUCCCCCCAGAGAUAUAAAACCGGACAACCUUCUAUUGGACAAAAAUGGUCACAUGAAGCUAUCUGAUUUUGGUCUUUGCAAGCCACUUGACUGCUUAAGUCUAUCAUCUAUUCAUGAAAUGGAAAUACUCAAUGAUGGGAACUUAUAUGAUACCAUGGAUGUUGAUGGAGCCUUGCCAAAUGGCAGAAAUGGUAGGCGCUGGAAAAGUCCCCUUGAACAACUUCAACAUUGGCAAAUUAAUAGGAGGAAGCUGGCAUUUUCCACUGUUGGAACUCCCGACUAUAUUGCCCCUGAAGUGUUACUGAAAAAGGGUUACAGUGUGGAGUGUGACUGGUGGUCUCUUGGUGCUAUAAUGUAUGAAAUGCUAGUUGGAUAUCCUCCGUUUUACUCUGAUGAUCCUGUAACAACAUGCAGAAAGGUGAGAAAACUGCGCACAUAUAAAGAGCAUGUUUCUGCUAUUGUGCACUGGAAAAAUCACUUGAAAUUUCCAGAGGAGGCCAGAUUGACACCUGAAGCCAAGGAUCUAAUAUGCAGGUUGCUUUGUGGCGUUUCACAUAGGCUUGGCACUAGAGGAGCAGAAGAAAUUAAAGCUCAUCCGUGGUUCAAAGAUGUCGCUUGGGACAGGCUCUAUGAAAUGGAGGCAGCAUUUAAACCACAAGUCUUUGGAGAGCUUGACACUCAGAAUUUUAUGAAAUUUGAUGAAGUUGAACAGCCAAAAGCAACUAGAGCUGGAUCUGGACCCAUCAGAAAGAAACUCUUAACUUCUCAAGAUCUCAGUUUUGUUGGUUAUACAUAUAAGAAUUUUGCUGCUGUCAAGGGGAUGCGUCCAUCUACUGGUGGGUAUUUUUUGUCCUGA